AUGUCCAACAUCCUUUCCCCUAUCGUGGCUCGCUAUAGCGUCUUCUUCACCCUCACCAUGUUCUCCUCCUCGAUGAUCUCUCAAUCGAAGCAGCCAACACAUCUGGUCCAAACGUUGCUGAUCGAUGCACAACAGCGAUAUCAGGACAAGGCUACCCAAAAGAUGAGAGUACUCAUUAGGAACGUCUCGACUACUUCGACGUCGUCCACGUCCAUAUCGCAAUCAUCUUCCUUGCCGUCUGUCUCCGUCUCGACCUCCACGGCACUCUCCUCGCCGUCAUCCUGCACAUCGACAACAGCUCAACUCCGUUCAUUUCCUUUGGAUGCACCGUUGCUUUUGACCGCCGAUGGAAGCGAAGGCUCUUCUUCUACACAGAAGUCAGAUGAGCAUCUAGAAUGCGCAAGUGCGGCAUUUGUGUUCACUGUACCCAGCAGCCCUUCGCCACCUACCUCCAAAGAAGCUACUGCAGGUGCGAGCUCAGGCCUCCCCACCGCUAAUACAGUUCCUGUGGAAAGUCGACGACACCAGGAUGCACUGUCGACUCGAGGGUCCAAGGUUUCCAAGUCAUCCAUCGCCACGCUGCUUUCGGUUACACUAACCAUGAUCCUCCUCAGUCUCCUGCAGAGCAUGAAGAGGCGCCUCAGGAGGAAGGCGCGCAGUCUCCGCGGAGCGGCGCGGCGCCAUCUCAAAUCCAGGCACCAGCAUCAUCAUCAUCAUCAAUACCACCGUGACGACCGAUCCACCAAUCCUCCAUACUCUCAAUCGUCACGCACCAACACCCUCACUCUCAUGGAUGGCAUGACUGAGAAUGCCCAGUCGCUUACCCAAUCCCACGCAUACUACUGCAGUUUGCCUAUCGCUGUGGCGAACAGCGCCGAUCAUGAGCCCAUCCAAUACAAACUGUUGCACACCAUCGACUCUGAUCGCCAAUCAAGUCCGCCGCGUUCUCUUGCCAUCCCAAACCUUGAAUCCAACCAUUUCUUAAGCGUCCCCAAUCUCUACAGCUCUAGGAACGUGGCCUGGAGUCUCAGCGAUGGACAUCUACCCAACGCACAAACCAAGGAUGAUUUUGUUGCGGCCUGGCUGACACAGACACAGUGGAGCCUUGCUAUAGGUCCUGGUGAGUUGUCCCCUGAACAGGCCAAUGCCGCUUGGCGCAUGUCCAGCGACAAUAUCCACCAAAUGGAGGAGCGACAUCACCAACAACCAUAUCCAUCCCAGGAUCUCCAGUAUCGGUUCGAUAGCCAGCACACCAUCAUUACUCCUAAUGGUGUUCAGCAGGAGCCCCGACAAGAGCACCGCGCUAGCCAGCUAAUUAAUGAACCAUAUGAGGGCUCAACAUCAUCGUCAUCCCAGCCGUCGCCAAACCUUUUGCCCGCAAGGCAAAUCUCGGCCACCUUCGACCAUCACCAACGCACGCACAAUAAUCAUCACUACCAUCAUCACCAGCCUACGCCAUACUCUUUUGUUCAGUGGCAGGACCAGCGUCAUUAUCAGAUUCAACCUCAGCCUCAGCCUCACUAUCGCUAUCAUCAACAGAUUCCGCCUAGAUUCAGCCAUUUACAAGAUCACAGUGAUCAUCAUGGCCAGGCUCACCCUCACCGUCAGUACCAGGCCACUCGCUCUGAACACUCGUCACGUUCAGGCCAUCGUCGGUCGCUGUCACUCACCCAAACAACCUCGUCAAGAAACCAGUAUGCUGAGCAGGCCGUUCCAGUCUCACCAAAGUUUGAGGACCUAUCUCCAGCAGAGCAGGCGCGACAAGAGUACUCCCUGCGUCGUCAGCGAUACCAAAUGCACCAACAAUACCUCCAACAACAACGCCAUCAACAGGAGGAGCACCAAUUCCACAGCCAGGAGUAUCAUUUCCACCGUAAGGUGCUUCCGCAUAGGUACCAUUAUCAUGUCCAUCACGGCCAUGCGGCAGCCAUCUCGGCCCACGACCUUGGGCGAUACCCCACAGCAUAUCAUUCACAAAAAGGUCGAACGGCUAAUGAGCUCGCGUGGGAAAGGCAUUGUUACUAUCAGCAGCAGCAGUUGCAAGAGGAGGCGUUGGUAGAGCGGAAGCGCAAGGAGGCGCAGUGGCAACAGCAACAGCAACAACAACAACAACAACAGCUGCAGCAACAGGAAGGGCAACAGCAGCAGGGGCAGCAACAAGGAGGGCUUUGCCCUCCUGAGCAGGAUCCAUUUGCUAGGACAAGUUCAUUGAAUCGCAUCACAUCAUCAUCACUUUCGCCACGGACUGCACAAGCGCUUGGCCUUUCCCAAUCCCAAGCUGUUUCUGUAUGCUGUGACAGUAGGAAGCCAAAGGAGAUCAAGGUUGCAAAGACAAAAGCCUCUGUAGGAACUGCCAAGGAGGCCGGAGCGGCAAAGUCGAUCGUUUCAGACUGUCCAAUUCUAUCCGCAGGCCUCCGACUGAUAAAGAGGAACGAGGCCAAAGACUUAAAGGAGCGUGACAGUACUCACACAAGCAAUAACGAGGACACCCCUGCAUCCCUGGACUCGCUUCAGCCAGUUGUGCUCCAACCACAGGAAUCAGUCACGCCCUUGAGUCGCAGAAGGACGUUGAAGAGCAUUGCACCCUCCAUACGUUCCCUCGCCCGCCGAUGCUCCAGCCGUUUUGGCAAUCGUCCAAAUUCAUUCGCUGGAUCCAGCAGUGAUCCCAACAUUCAAUUCACUGACGAGAAGACAGCAAGUGCAAGUUUGGCCAUGGAGACGGUCUAUGCAGCGCGUUCGCUCGCGCCUGGACUUGAUGGCGUUGUUGAUUUGCAGCAGGUCGGGCCCGCAGAUGGUGACUCUGCUGUGAAGUACUGCCCUCCAAUCUCUGCGAGUACCUCUUUCCUGCCGCUCAAGGCCGCUGCGUCUGAGCGUAUUCCAGUUCAUCGAAAGGUCACACUCUUCCGCUCCAAGACGACGACAAUCUCUCGCUCAUCCCGACCGAUGCAUGAUCCACAACAUAACGAAACGACCCCUUCCAGUGCCGCACCUACAGAUGCCAUGACCACCACGAAAACAACAACAUUGUCCGCCCGUCCAAGAGACUCACUGAGGCUUGCCAAUGGUCGUGGUCACGAGCUAUCCUCGCUCCAGCCUAGAGCGCCCGCGGAGAAGAUUGAACAAUCCACCAAUGAUCUCAACAGUGCACUACCGACCGAUGUUAUCUCCUCAGCCUUUGAUGUGGAGCAGCAAGAAGCAACCCGUCGUCAAGUGAUUGCACUACUGGCCAUGGGACGGAAGGAGCGCGUCUCUGCCAAGACUGGCUUGACUAUGGUACAACCUUUGCUGCCGUCCCCGAAGCAGCUUUCUCCACUCGCCUUGGAGGCCCAGGAUGAUAUACAUGCUCCGCUCGAUCAAACACAAGAAGACCCCUGCGAGCGCAUUGCGUUCAUGUUGGUGCCAAAGUCGCGAUACGAGUUCCAGCCGCUCGUGAUGGCUUAG